AUGUCAGUGAUCCGACAGAUGCACUUUAACCAACCAGUGAAAGCCACGGUGUUUGGAGUUUCCCUGGGGAUUGCACUGGUUGGGCUGCUCUCAAUCAUCUUACGGAAAAAGGGAAAGAAAAAGAAAUCUGGAGACAGAAAGACGAAUCCUCCGAGUAAGCUGUCAAAAUCCAGGUUAACUCAUGACAAUUCUAAUGGAGAUGUUUGUUGGCCCAAAGGUAGUACCAGUCCUGCCUCUGUCAGAUCCCUUGCAAGAAACAAGUCUCUUUCAGCAUCCACUUCAAACACAAGUCUAGCAUCCACAACUUCCACUCUAACACAUUCUGCAAUAGAUACCUCAAAUCUAACGGCAGCCCAGCUCUGUCAAUUGGGCCUUGAAAGCUUGGAUAUGGCUAUCUCACACUGGGAAGAUGGCCUGAACAAAUUAGCUUAUUUAGAUGAGGAUGAUGAUACAACAGAUUUGUUAGCCAUUCCAGAUUCUGAGACGAGUGCUUUACAACACCAACUGGAACACUUAUUGGAGCUGGCCUACCGUAUGCAGGAUGACUUUGAGAGAUCUUGCGAGCGACAAGCUGACCAGGCAGCACUGGACUCUGCUCUGGCUGCAUUUGCUGAGAUUGACCGUAUGCGGAUGGAGAAACAACAUAGUAUGGAUGUUGAGUCGUCAGAAGACCAGGAGUCCUUUGUAUCUGCUACAGAUAUGGCAGAUUUGUCAGAUCUUGAAACUUAUCGGGAAUUAUUCAAAAGACUUCCGCUAUAUGAAGGGGCAUUACAAGAACAUAAGUAUAAUGGCAUCACAUGUCGGACUAUGAGAACAACGAUGGUUGGUUGUUUGAAAGAUGCCGAAUUUCUUGCCAAGCUUCAUUGUCUUCGAGAAGGAUUUGAUGUUGUUUUUCGUGAUCCAGAAACUCGAAAAUGGCUGCAAGACCUUGGGAAGUCCAUAAUGGCGGGAAUAUUGCAGAAGUCUGAGAGGGACACUGAAGAGUUCUAUCAAGCUUAUCAAGAGAUGAUGGAUUACAUCAAUGACAAUUCCCACUGGCCUCAAAUGGAAGAAGAACUAAAAGAUCGAGGGGUGAAAAAGUUUACAUUUUAUGAUGUGCUUUUGGAUUUUAUACUGCUGGAUGCCUUUGAUGAUUUGGAGAAUCCUCCCAAAUCUGUUGUGGCUGUCGUUCAGAACCAGUGGCUCUCAAAUGGCUUCAAAGAAACCGCCUUGUCAACGGCUGUCUGGUCAGUGCUGAAAGCAAAAAGGAAAAUGCUAAAGUAUCCAUCUGGUUUUCUUUCUUACUUCUAUUCCAUCUCUGAACAAAUUAGCCCUGUGCUUGUGUGGGGGCUUUUGGGACCACCAUCAGAACUCAAAACUGUUUGCUGUUCCUUCAAGGAUCUGAUCUACAGAUUCAUGAAGGACAUAUUCAGUUUUGAAAAAGUGCGGUUUACCAACCAAGAAGAGCUUGCAAAGGACUUACUGGACAUCACUCGGGAACAUGCCCUGUUGGCCGAACAGGCUGUCUGCCUACCCACUCACUAG